AUGUCAGACGAAGUCUUACAUUUACCGACGUCCUCUACGACUUUCGAACCGGAAUCUGAAGACACUAAGAUCUAUGGCGAACAGUCAGUUACUGAAUUGGCAACAGAAAAAGUCUUAUAUGCACCCAAGUCCUCGACAGCUUCCACGUCCGAACAUGAAGAAACCAUGACUGAUAGAGAAAAGCUCGCCAUUCAAUCGAUGACAGCUCAAUCAUCUCCGACCAAUCGUACAUUUGCUCCAUUCAAUACACCUAUGUAUCGUCGUCGGCAAACACUGACCAUUCUCGUGUCGUUUCUUAUGCCAUGGUUUUGUCUAUACUUAUCAUUGCUCUUACUUCGCUCAAAGAAUUGGUAUUUGUUUUUCGGUUUCAUUGCCUAUUUAACAUGGAUGGUUUUCUUUCGAAAAUAUCCACGACAAGGUGGUCUCAAGCAGCUAUGGCUUCGUCGACUAGUCUGGUGGAAAUGGUUUGCUGAUUAUUUUCCAAUUCAAUUGCAUAAAACAUGUGAUUUACCGGCUGAUCGUUCGUACAUAUUUGGCUAUCAUCCUCAUGGCAUCAUUUCACUCGGUGCUUUUUGCAAUUUUGCUACAGAAGCUACUGGUUUUGAAGAGAAAUUUCCUGGUAUUGAUCUUCGUUUGCUUACAUUGAAAUCCAAUUUUCGCAUUCCAUUCUUUGGUUUCUAUUUGUCUCUACUGGGUCUAUGUGAUGCAUCGAAAGAAUCAUGCAAUUAUAUUUUAGAAAAAGGCAAUGGCAAUAGUUUGAUGUUAGUCUUGGGUGGUGUCAAAGAAAUAUUAGACGCUCGACCAUCAUCCGAAUACAUCUUGACACUUAAAAAUCGUAAAGGUUUCGUUAAAAUCGGUCUCGCCCAUGGUGCCAGUAUUGUGCCUGUAUUUUCGUUUGGCGAAAAUGAUCUUUAUGAACAACUAGCCAAUCCACGUGGAUCAAAACUACGACAAUUGCAAGUAAUGUUACAAAAGAAAACAGGUUAUACAAUACCAUUCUUUAAAGGACGUGGUAUAUUUCAAUAUGCUUUCGGCUUUUUGCCCAACCGACGACCGAUCGAUACCUAUGUUGGUGAACCCAUUGAAUUACCCAAAUUGUCACGAGAAGAAAUAACAAAUGAAAUUAUCGACAAAUAUCAUACACAGUAUAUGGAUGCCCUGACGCGUCUAUUCGAUGCACACAAGGCAAAACACGGCAAUAAGGAUGCAACAAUCAAAUAUGUCAAUGCUGAUGAUUAUUAG